AUGUUGGUGUCGAUGGUGACUGAAGCAGCAUCUGCUAAUAAGGUAAAGCGUGUUAAGCCUCCAAAGCCUGUGAAACCUGUACAAGAGCUUUUAACAUGCAAGAGCCGAAAAAGCAGGUGUUUCAUGAAGCGCAUCAAGUGCCCAGUAGAAUGCCCCAAGGUUAAACCAAAGAACCCGAAAGACAAAGCAUGUUUUCUUGAUUGCUAUUCACCCAAAUGCGAGGCCGUGUGUAAAUCACGUAAACCAAACUGCAAUGGACCUGGAGCUGCAUGCUACGACCCACGAUUCAUAGGUGGUGAUGGAAUUGUAUUCUAUUUUCAUGGAAAAAGCAACGAGCAUUUUAGUUUGAUAUCUGAUUCCGAUCUCCAAAUAAACGCACGUUUUAUUGGACUUAGACCUGAAGGGAGAACUCGUGACUAUACGUGGAUCCAAGCACUGGGUCUUAAGUUUGGCCAUCACAAUUUCACUCUUGAAGCAACAAGGACUGAAAAGUGGGAUGAUAAUGUUGAUCAUGUAAAGUUAUCAUAUGAUGGGAAGGAAUUGUUCAUUCCAGAAAGCCAUUCCUCCGAGUGGAAUUCCACAGAAGGCAACAUACAAGUUGAAAGGACUGCAACAACCAAUAGUAUAACGGUGAACAUACUAGAUCUUGCUGAAAUAUCUGUCAAUGUAAUUCCAGUAUCAGAAGAAGAUAGCAAGAUCCAUAAUUAUCAGAUUCCAUCAAAUGAUAACUUUGCUCAUUUGGAAGUACAAUUCCGAUUCUUUGGUUUAUCAUCUAAAGUUGAAGGGAUUCUUGGUAGAACUUAUCGUCCUGAUUUUGAGAAUCCAGCAAAACAAGGAGUGGCAAUGCCUGUGGUUGGUGGUGAUGAUAAGUACAAGACUAGUUCACUCCUUACGGCUGAUUGUGCCCUCUGCGUGUUCUCUCCUAAUGAAAUCAAGGAUGAACAUGGCUCGCCAAUGAUGGAUUUUGGCAUGCUUGAUUGCACGGGUGGAGGAAAUGGAAUUACAUGAUAUGGCGGUGGAGGAGAAGGGAUGGCAGUGUGUAUUCCCGAGUUUAAAUUAUGUUUUGUGAUUGGAAAACAAUAA